CCAACAUUGUUAUCUGAAGAACAAGGAUUGUGUGUUGCUUUCAAUGUUAUCCUGGAAGAGACACAGACAUCAUUCUGUAGCAACAGGCAUGAUUUAACCAUCUCUACGACUGAAUCCAUGGAACAGAAUAGUUGCAAACCUCGAUUCUUGCAGCUUUUACUCAAGAAAGUCCAGAAAGGAGAUUGUCAGCCUGAGACGAUUUCCAAAAAAAAGACCACAAGCCCUCAACAGAGUGAAGAAAACUGUCUGGAAGAUAAGCUACACCUAAGUCAUCUGAAACGCUUGGAGCAACUCUUUACAGCUCCAAAUAGGGAAGGCACAGAAGAAGUUGAGUGGAAUCCUGAUUGCACUUUACUCUCCAAAAAGGAGACAUCCUAUCCCUCAGGAAGUUUGACUCUCCAGGAUUUCAAGAAUGCUCUGACUGAGCUGCUGGGUUCAGAAUACUGGAAUGGACAAACAGAGCUACUUUUCAACAAGAUUCACACAGCCCGUGACAAUAUUGUCGACUGGAGUGAGUUCUGUACACAUUUGCUACUACAAUACAGUAAUAGAGAUCAUUCAGAAAGAUCCAAGGACAUUUUCUUUCAGGGCAAGCCCUUAAUCCGACAAUGUUCACAGAACCGGCAAGAGCCAACCACUCGGAUCUUAACCAUCUUUUCUUCUAAUUCCCACUCAUUUGUCACAGUCAGCAAAGGAGGAAUUCUCAGUUUCUGGGACAAUAACUUACAGCUUCAGAAGACAUAUGAGAUGUCAGCAGAUGCUGUUGAGGCUUCAACAGUAAAGAAGAAGAUUAAAAUUUGGACAACAGAUGCUGUCUACAUGCCUAACAUUCAUAAAAUUGCUGUUGCUACAACCGGCAGAAAAAUAUACUUUUUUGAAGUGUCUCUGGGCCCCAUCUUUGAAGAUUUCCAUCUAUUUGCCCUGAACUACAUUCCAACAUCAAUGUUCUACUGGUACAACACAGAAUCUGACGAGAGCUGUUCUGUAUUACUAUGGGGUGAUGAUCAUGGAGGAGUGAGUAUUCUCAAGUUCCUCCAUCCCAGCAAAAGCUUAUAUGAAAAGUCCUUAUUUGAUCAAUCUGGGUUCUCUGGAAUCUAUUUGCAGGAUAUUGGAAAUCACUGUCAAUUUAUAAGUUAUAAUUAUAUCCAUCGCAUACACCAAGAUUCAAUUUUCCAAAUCCAAUAUGUCCCAGAAGACCUUUGCAUUACAUGCGCAGGGAACUCUCAAGCCUCAUUGGUAAUCAUGGAUAUGGACCAAAAGAGAAAAGCAUACACAUGGAAGAUUAAGAGGGGAAUAAAAUGCUUUGAUUUUUCCAAGUCUCUGAAUCUCUUGAUAAGUGGUGGAGUUGACUGUUGUGUCCGGGUGUGGAAUCGAUUUGUCCCAAGCCUCCCAACAGCCAUACUCCGGGGACAUUCCUUGCCCAUCCUGGGUCUGGCCAUCCAAGAAAAAAAUGGACAGAUAUUCAGCUACUCUAAGGAUACAGUGCUAAAGAUCUGGGACAUGAAUUACCACACUUGUCUCUAUACUGUGGCACUGAAGUUCCCUCAUUCUCAACCUGAGCAUGUGUUGGAACAAGGAAGUUUCCCCUUUCUAUUUCUCCAGAAGCCUAUCCCUCUGAUCCUCAUCUCCUAUACCGACUACAUCGGCAUGCUGAGAUUACCCAUGCCUACACAUUCAGAGCCGAACCACACAGCACCCCACAAGGCUCCAUUGUGUGGGGCUGUGUACAAUUCCUUCUUCCAUCAGGUUGUGACAGGAUGUCACAACUCCACCAUUGCAGUGUGGGAUGUCGAGACUGGCAUGAAACAAUUCAUUUUAAACAGCAUCCACGGUGAGGAGGAAUUAACCUGCAUGGCUCUAGAUGCUUCAGGUAGAAGACUUAUCACAGCUGCUAGAAAUGGCACUGUUAAGGUCUGGGAUAUUCAGAGAGGUCACAUCUUGCACAAACUAGAGAUGGUAGAAGAUACAGAAGUGACAGGGGUAGUUGCAGUUCGAAAACAUAUAUUCUUAACAGUGGGAUGGAAUCGGAAAAUCAUCCUUUAUGAUUGCUCAAAAUCUGAGACUUCAUAUAUUCCUGCAGACAUGUCUUGGAAAGGGGGGCAACUACAUAAAGAAGAUAUUUUAGCAGUGGAUUACUGUCCUCCUCUUGACCUCCUAGCUACUGCCAGUUUUGAUGGAGAAAUUAUUCUGUGGAAUGUGGAAACUCAGCGUCCCCAUCACUAUAUCAGAAAGGUAUCACGUGAAAGUUCAUUAGGUCCUGUGAAUAAGCUAUUUUUCCUACAGCAUCGUUGCAUAAAUCAUUCGCUAAAGAAAUCUGCAGUUCUUAUAAGUGCUGAGACAGGAACCCUCCACUGGUGGAGUAUCUUUGGGAAAAGAAUGGAAUAUGGCAAAUUUUAUGCUCCUUUAAAAGAUGAUAUUUCUAUAACUGGGCUGUCAUCCAACAGAGAUAACCACCUCCUGGUCACUGGAGAUACCAGUGGCUUUAUCCAGGUGUGGGAUAUUUCAAACUAUGCAACAACCCUUUCUUCUGUGAAUUCGCCCAACAAUCCCCUCCUGCUUCGAGGCUGGAAAGCCCACAGUUGCACAGUCGUGAGUGUGGAGUACUUUUCCUAUAGUUCGGAUUCCUUCAUCAUCAGUUGUUCUUCAGAUGGGACUUCUGGGUUGUGGACUUCAGAGGGAACAUUUGUGGGACUAUUUGGGCAAGAGAAAAAAUGGAACCUGAAAGUGCCAGCUACCUUUUCUUCCCACAAAAAUGCUUUCCAGACAACAAUGCCAGUCUUGAAUUCCAAACUGGAAUAUUCUACUAUUGGAAAUGACAGAGAUUACCUUGGCAAAUGGAAUGAUAACAGGAAGGGAAAGGAUGUGACUGAAUGCUACUCAUUAAUUGGUCAAAAGGGGGAUCAUAUGCUGGCCACUGAAGGAACCCCAAAGGCUGCAGGUGACUCAGAAACUCAGACAGAAGGAAUUUACACCAACAGAACUGAACCAAGAAAAGACUUGAAGGAUUGGAAAUUACCACUCCAGUUGGGAACUACACAUUCGCAACUGAUCUCUUUAAAUUCAGACUCCCAAAGGAAUGGAGGACAAAAUUGGGAACUGCCUCCCCGAUUAGUAAACAAUUUCAGAAUACAUGAGGGUCCUUUUAAACACUAUAUGGACUCAAAGCUGGGAAAGAGACUAGCAGGGAGGAAAGAACGCCGGUGUCGAUUUGGAGAUAUUAACGUUCACAAGUGCUGUCAAUUUGGAAAAAUCUGUUCUCCCUUCCAGGCCCUGGCCACUCCAGAGAUGCGAAGAUUGAUGAUGCCUCGGGACCUGAUCAUAAAUAACCAGAAGGAAUACCUGAGACUCUCCUCCCUUCUAGACUCAGGACCCCAAGAAUUUCACUUACCUUCCGAAGAUUUUAGUGCUGAAGAAGACAGUAACAACAAAAAAGAGAAAACAGUGACCCAAAUGAAAACACCUUUAUUUCCCCCAAUAGUUAAAACAGUAAGAUCUAGUGACAUGAAAUGAUUAAAAGAAAUCUCAAAAUCGGA